GUUCUCGGCAGCUCCAUCUCUUUGGCCGAAAGCGUCCACCAGAUCUUUCCGGCAUCCGCGUCGCUCGUCGUCGCCUCCGCCGCCAUGUGGAGAGGCGGCGCCACCGCCGCCUCCGCCGCGAGGGCUCUCCGCUCGCGCAUGCUCGGAGACCCCGUUCACCACCCCUCUACGGCUAUUCUCCCCAUCCCUUCGGCGCGCGCCGCCUGCUCGGCACCCUCUGCCGCCUCCCCCGCGCCCAUCGUCGCUGAAGCGGCGGCCGCCUCGGUAGCUGUUUCGUCGGGAGCCAGAUCCGCCUCCGACGUGCUGCGUCACUACGGGCAGUGCUACUGGGAGCUCUCCAAAGCCCGCCUCAGUGCACUUGUCGUGGCAACAUCGGGGGCUGGAUAUGUGCUCGGUAGUGGCAGCAUUGUAGACAUUGCUGGACUUUGCUACACAUGCACUGGUACCAUGAUGGUUGCAGCAUCUGCCAACACUCUCAACCAGGUGUUUGAAAUAAAGAAUGAUGCUAAAAUGAAAAGGACAAUGCGACGGCCCCUACCAUCAGGGCGUAUUAGUCCUGUGCAUGCUGCCAUGUGGGCUACAACUGUUGGAACUGCAGGAACAGCAUUAUUGGCUUGCAAGGCUAAUGACUUAGCUGCUGGGCUUGCAGCAUCCAAUCUCAUUCUGUAUGCAUUUGUAUACACUCCACUGAAGCAAAUACACCCUGUCAAUACAUGGGUGGGAGCGGUUGUUGGCGCCAUUCCGCCACUUCUAGGGUGGGCGGCAGCAGCAUCUGAACUGUCACUCAACUCUAUGAUUCUGCCGGCUGCUUUGUACUUUUGGCAGUUACCACAUUUCAUGGCCCUUGCGUACUUAUGCCGCGCUGACUACCUUGCUGGAGGGUAUCGUAUGCUCUCUUUUGCUGAUCCUACUGGCAAGAGAACUGCAUGGGUUUCACUCAGAAAUUGUCUCUACAUGCUGCCGUUGGGGUUAUUUGCAUAUAACUGGGGGCUAACAUCCGAAUGGUUCAGUUUUGAAGCAUCGCUUCUAACGACGGGCCUCGCCAUUGGAGCCUUAUCAUUUGUACUGGCUCCUAGUCAGAAGAGUGCAAGAAGAAUGUUCCAUGGUAGCCUCUUGUAUCUUCCUGCUUUGAUGGCUGGACUUAUAUUGCAUCGGCUGCCCAACGAACAGAAGGAGCAUAACAACAUUCAUCAGACUAGUGAGAUCGCUGGGGUUCUCCGCGGCGCCGAGCUGUGGGACGAAGAAGAAAGAGCUAGACAGAAACAGGAAGACCUGAAACAUUCUCGUCGUGCUCAAUCACGCCCUCCAGUUGCCUAUGCUUCUGUAGCCCCAUUCCCCUUCUUGCCUGUGCCUGUGUACGUCUCUCCAGAAGCUCAUGAGUUUUGAAAACCUUGUCCCAGCAGCCAGGGCUGCAAUGGUUUCAUCUUCCUUCCUUUUUGUCUGUUGUCAGAAAAUUCUUUUCCGCUCUUGACAGGAAAUUUUACCGCUCAGGGGAAUUCCUAUUUGUAUUGUUGAAUUAAAAUAUGAGAAUAAUGAGCGCAAUUUUUAUUUGUAAAAAAACAUAAAUUCAGUUGUUGGGCUCACGUGAGUAUAAAAUCGAUGUUUCAGAGUA